AGCGGACUCAUUCAAGUUGUCUUAUGGCUUUCACUCGCCUGUUUCACGAAUCACUGCCAUCAAUUCAAUGCUAUUCCUUCUUUCCAGUUCCUCGUACCCCAUCCGCUAUUUCCCUCGCACUUUAUUCAUUUUCACAAUCAUGAUUUCCACAUUCGCCCACGUCAAUUCUCGAAUGGAUUCGAUGACUGUGAAAUCCUUGGGGCUAUUAGCCGUCUGAGCUUAGACACGCUGCUUUCACUUUCCUGCUUCACAGAACUUUCUUUUUUGUCUUCAGACAACGGGUACCUUAGUGAUACUUUGUCAAGUGCUCUUUAG